AUGGCGGCUCCAGUGGUGGAUGCGGCGUAUCUCAGGGAGAUCGACAAGGUCCGCAGGGAGCUCCGCGCCCUCAUCGCAAGCAAGAAUUGCGCCCCAAUCAUGCUUCGCCUCGCGUGAGUGUGGAAUUUCGUUUUGCGUAUCUCUUCGUGUCUUCUGCUUGUGUGUAUUCUUUUCCCCUUAACGGAUGCAGAUUUGGGGCACUCACUCGCUGUUUUUUGCGCUUCCAAUUGUUUCCACCUGCCUUUUUCUUCUGAAUCAAUUGGAUAUCCUCCUGCUGGAAUGUUGUCGACAGUCCGUGUCGAGUCCGAUCAUUUGAUAUAAUUCUCCCUAUUGUUAUAUAUUUUUAGGUCUCCGUCAGUCUCUUUCCAUGAGUUCUUUAUGCCUUAUGCUCCGUUUCGUGGUUAUGCUCGUGGAACCGCUGGUUGCAUCCUGAGAGAAUUCUAUUAGUUUCUCCUGCUUCUAUUGCUAGAAGACUCGGUUUCGUUGUUCGGUUGCUACGAUGAGGGACGGGGAGUAUGAUGAUUUCUAUCCAUGGUUGGUAAUUUUUCUCCGAUGUGAUAAAAAGCUCAUAGAGUUCGGAGGACAGCUUACUGCAUUACAGAAUAUUGGUCCCACUUUUAUUUGUUUGAUCGAUCUCUUGAUAUCUUAUAUCCGUACGUUGGGGCAUCGCUAGACCGUGGUUCCAGACCAUGUCUGUUGUUGUCUGGAGAGGAGUUCCCAACUGAGAAGUAUUCUCAAUGCUUUCUUGCUGUUAGCAUCACUGCUAACUUUGUUCCUAAACUGAGAAAUUAUUUGCUAGAGUUAUACAUUUUGCAUGGCUUGAUCUCUCCAUAAUCAGUAGUCGUUUGAAUUCUCUGUUCUCUCAACUUAUCAGCACACUAAUGAUUGUGUUGUCUCUACAUUAAGUCUCCUCUUACGUGCUGUUUAUCAUUCAAAAACAUUUUUUCUUGUCAAUUAUGGCCACCUUGUAAAGGAUUAGCUCUUGUGCAACAUCUGGUUUAGAUGACACAAUAUUUGGUUGACAAUGAAGAUAGGUGCAAAUUUUAUUCUAAAAAAAAAAUUCGUGUUUUUUGUAUUACAUUUCUUCGCGUAUUGCAUUACCACCUCAAUGCAUCAUUUUUUUUAUAUGAUGAUGAUGGAUAUGCUUGGCAUUAUAUGGUGAGUUGUUGUUGAUUGAGAAGAUUGGGCUUUCUCAAUUCCUCUACUAGUAUUAGGUACAAAUAUUUGGUUCAUGUGUUCAUAUUACAGUUUUCUAUAGUUUCAGAAUGAAAUUUCAUACAUAAGAAGUCACAAUGAAGAUACUUGCAAUUUUCUUUUACCAUUAUCACUUUUUAAAAAAAAUUAUAGUGGUUUUUUGUAUUAUAUUUCUUUGCAUAUUGAAGCUAUUUUUUUUUCCACCUCAAUGCAGCAUUUGUUUAUACUACUUUUCCCUUGCAGUUGGCAUGAUGCUGGUACUUAUGAUGUGAACACAAAGACAGGUGGUCCAAAUGGUUCCAUUAGGCACGAGGAAGAGUACAAACAUGGUGCAAAUGCUGGAUUAAAGAUAGCUAUAGAUCUUUGUGGUGAGCUAGUAUCCAUAUUUAUCAACUCUUGGAUCGUCUUAAACUAUACCUUUUAGUGAUUCACUGCAUUAUCCUUCUCUGCCAUAUCAUUUGCAGUGUUUGUCUCCAGCAUGUCAAAGAAAAUGUAAGAUAAAUUGUUUUUUUAAUUAUUUAUGAUUAUUUUUUUUCAGUUCUAGGGUUUUUUUUUCUGGUUUUGCUUUCGUUAAAAUUCAUCAGUGGAUUUAGAAUUUCUGCCAUGUGCUAUGGCUGGCUGAAGCUUCUAUACCAUUUUUGUGUUGAUUUAUGUCAGAGUUUUGGAAUGUAAGAGAAAAUGAGACCUCUUACUUCUUUGAUUAUAUUGUAAUUUGAAAUAUGAAAAAGUAAGAUACCAGGAAUUAGACUGCAGAAUUUAUAAUGAUAUGGGUUUCCAUCCUGUUGCUAUAUAUGCCUCAAGAUUACAAAGAUCAGAUAGAUUGUGUACGUUUCUUUAUCCCACCCUUCGGUGAUAAUGAUUCCAUUCGACUUCUCUUUCCUUCACUUCACGGUCUUCUUCAGUCGAGCUUUCUUAUCAUGGCUAAUACCUGACCUUCUACGAGUAAUCUGAAGGACCAAUUCGCAUAAAUAUUUUAUAUUUUCGGCAUGUUUUUUGCGAUGGAUGGUGUCAAUUACUUUAUUUCCUUGGAAGGUUAGAUUGUUCUCGUAAUUCGUUCUUCUAAUUGCUUAUUGAAAUACUUAAAGUGUUUGCUUUCUAAUGACGUUCUUGAGCCCUUUGAAGCAUGGAACGUUCUAGAUUGUUACUGUAGACUAAAUCGUGUAUAAAAUUAUUCGAUUUCUGACAUGCUCUUUUUCUCCCCUGUUACCAGAGACUGUGAAGGUUAAACAUCCAAGGAUCACAUAUGCGGACCUUUAUCAGGUGAUGAUAUAAUCGGGCAUUUUCGAUUAUUUUCCCUGUUGUAAAUGCCUUUUUGUCUGAAUUAAGAAUUUAAAAUUUUUUCUGCUCCAAUUCUUCUGUCGGACCAUGAAAGGGGGGGGAUAGUUGGCCUAUCUACAUACAAAGCAAAGAUGGGGGUGGACCUUUUGUCUAUUUAUCUUUCCGUACACUUUUUGAUACAUGGACGCAAAUUAAUGCCAUUAAUAAGCUCCGGAGGAGCAUGUACACAUACGUUUGUGUGGUACAUGCUCUGUACACACAUCACAGACUCUGCCAUUCUGAAAUCGAUAGGCCAACUAUUGAAUGUAUGAAUUAUUUUAUUUGGUUAUUGCCGAUGAACGGACUGCUUUAUAAAUCCAUUUCACGAGACGGUUGCUGUUAUCUAACCUAAUUGACAUGGAUUGGUAUACCAGCUUGCUGGAGUUGUUGCAGUCGAGGUUACAGGAGGACCGACCAUUGACUUUGUUCCCGGCCGAAGGGUAGGAAACGCCAUUCUUUCUUCAACCAAUCAGUGUUUCCGUCGAUGAGUGUGCUGAUGUUUGGUUCCUUUUUGUCCGUCAGGAUUCCUCUGUAUCCCCUAGAGAAGGACGCCUCCCUGAUGCUAAACAAGGUUUCCUCUCCAUCUCAUUGAAAGCGCCAGAAAUAUGCAUAUUUUAUAUUAUAUUUCCUCUUAACUAGAGAGUAUGGUCAGAUCACCAAGCCCGGCUCUCCAUAUCCACCCUCCCUCUUCGACGUUUCAGUCCCUCCUCAUGUCAGACUGGGCACGACUACUGACUACUACUUAACCUUGUUGAACUCGUCCCUGGUUAUAGGUGCUGCACAUCUGAGGGAUAUCUUUUAUAGGAUGGGUCUAUCGGACAAGGACAUCGUGGCUCUGUCCGGUGGUCACACACUGGUAGGUAGCAGCAACAGAUUUUGAAUCUUUUGCUCUCUGAGACUUGAACCGGGUGUUGAUGCUUUUGGUUUCGCUUCAACAGGGAAGGGCGCACCCGGAGAGGUCCGGCUUCGAUGGCCCGUGGACUAGGGAGCCUCUCAAGUUUGACAAUUCCUACUUCGUGUAAGAGCAGUCAUCAUCUUCAGUUUCUUUGACUUUCCUGGAUCUCUGCCGAAAGAGGUAGAAAAAAAUAAUAAUAAGAAGAAAAAGCUUGUUCGGAUUGUUGGGUCUUGUGUUCCAGGGAGCUGAUACAGGCAGACAACGAGGGCCUUCUCAAGCUCCCCACCGACAAGGCCCUCAUGGAGGACUCUGAAUUCGCCCGUUAUGUUAAGCUGUAUGCCAAGGUAUUGAGCUCUCUCUCUCUCUCUCUCUCUCUCUCUCUCUCUCUCUCUCUCUGUGUCUGAGAGGAAGAAGAUGCUUUGUGGGCAGGACGAGGACGCAUUCUUCAAGGACUACGCGGAGUCGCACAAGAAGCUCUCCGAGCUGGGGUUCACUCCGAGGGCAUCGUCCGGCAGCAAGUCAGACGCCACGACCAGCGUGGUGCUGGCCCAGAGCGCCGUGGGGGUCGCCGUCGCCGCCGCCGUCGUCAUUCUAAGCUACUUCUACGAGGUCUCCCGGAGGAAGUGA